AUGAGCCACAAAAACCCUACCCUGGAUGGAAUGCCUCGCACCGACGAAACAGUUGAGACAGGGCCUUCGGACGACGCUCGCUCGGGUCUUCAGGAUAUCAUUGUCAUCGACUCUGAUAGCGAUGAACCUGGGAUUUCUUCUUGUACCCUUUCAUCUGAUACUCUCGAUGGAAUUGAUCUCACCGCCAGUGUCAAAGAGUUUAGUGAAAGAUGUCUCAAUAGUCUCCCUCUUAACCUCAUGGCCACUGACUUCAAGAACUGCUACUUCUAUAACUCAAACCAGCGCCUUGAAGAAGCCAAGGCGAGCGGUGUCGAUCUUGAUGAUCUUGCUGUCGGCGAUGAUUGUCUUUUGACUUGGUGUGGACGCACUUGGGAUCCUGCUGCAGAAUCUCUGCACGACAUCAUUCAGUCUAGCCUCGUCACAAGAGAUGAAGCUCAACAAGUCGGAAAAUUGGUGCGUGAGGACAUCAUCUGGAAGACAGGCGUGAUGCUGUAUGAGGCCAGUGGUGCAGCAGCAGAGGAUGCGAUCCGAUAUCUGCAUCAAAAGGACGAGGAUGAGCAGCAUACUCCAGAUGAUGACGAAGAUUGUACCUUAUUUUCCAGCGAUUUUGAGGCUGAGCAGGCAUCCGAUACUGGAGCAGGAUCGCUAUCCCAAAGCACGACCCUUGUGUUGUCUGAUGAUUCCACCUCCUUGAGCCUUGAUUCUUUCUGCUUCUCCGACCCUGGCAACGAUAGUGAUAUCGAUAGCGAGUCUGAACCCGACAUCGGUCCUGAUGAUAUCGACGACUUUGACGACACGUUCUCGGCCGAUAACAUGUUUGAUCCCGAACCGCACUAUCCCGAUUCAGACAGUGAAGAGCUGAACAUCUUCCAUGGCGCCCGAGUCGUAGGUGUUCCGUCUCAACAUGCGGAUGUUGAUCUCGAGAUCUACGAAGCAUCCGAUGAAGAUGACGUCGAAGACCUACCAGAGAUGGAGCUUUGUGUUGACGGAGAGCUAUAUGAAGAGUUAUUCAACAUUGAUGAGAUAUUUGACGUCGAGAUCGAAGGAAGUCGCAUAAUAUGUACGGGAGAACUCUUCGGAGAAGGAGAGGAGAUAAUCGUCGAUGGUCCGGAGGAUGAAGUUGCAGGUUCUGGCUCCCAACAAGAUGAAAAUGGCUCGGCUCUUGAGUCUCCCGAAGAGGACCAUGGAGGACAGAUGUUUCGGCAGCGAUUCGGCGUUGGAGAUGAAGCCAUUAGUGGUUCUCUUUCCAAGUCUUGGGAGUGCCUUGAUGGGGAACAAGCUACCCAACAUGAAAACUCCGACAGCAUCUUCCGAGAUACUGAAGAUGGAUUUAUGUGGUGA